GAGGAGGAGGAGGAGGAAGAGGCGGAGGAGAGCAGCCCGAGCAGGAAAGCCGCCGGCCGGUGCCGGGUGGCCAGCGGGGCGCCGCGGAGGGAGGCAGGCAGGCAGGCAGGCAGGCAGGCGAGGAGGGAGCCAGCGCGGUCUGUGCCCGCCGCCCAGCCCUGGGAGCGCCGGGUGGGCAUGAGAGCCGCCCGCCUCGCCCUCGCCCUCGCCCUCGCCCUGCCUCUGCAGCCGCCGGAGGGACUCGGAACCGCCGCCCCGCGAUGUCCAGGAGGAAGCAGAGCAAGCCCCGGCAGAUCAAACGCGCCUUGGGUGAGAUGGAAGAAGGAACUGGUGGCCUUCUGGAAGACGACUGCCUGUCCGAGAAGGAAGGAAGCGCUUCGGAUCAUGAAGGCUCCCUGGAAGGCGACUCUGCCAGCUCCCCAUGUAGCGAGCAGGCCGAGUCCAAAGAGGAGAAUCUAGACGAGUCGGAUAAGCCGCAAACGCCAGAGACCGAGCUGUGGACGGGACCAGACGAGUUGGAGCUUCUGACCUCCCAGGCGGAGAGCAAGGUGUGUGCCAAACACGGCAUCCCCGGUGGAGUGUUUUGGGGCCCGUUCCCAGGAAAUAUCCACAGCGAACCUCCUUCUCCAGGACUGACCGAGCCGCUGAACCCACCGGUGACCCUGAUCCUGCAGGACGACACAUGCUGGCUGGCCAAGCUUUCCUUGGUCCCUGGCGAAGGGGACGCCAAUUCGGUGAUCUACAAGAAAGAUGACUCCAUUUGGUGUAAAACUACCAAGCCUCUUUCCGAAGGAGAUGCGCUGAAGGCAUUCGUCAUGGCUGAGCCGAUGGGGAUCCCCAACCACACUGGAAAGAUCGAGGGUGGGGAAUCCGCUGCCCCCGUCGCUCUGCCUUCCGAAAUCCAGCUGCUUCCCCAGCAAGCGGGGAUGGCGGCCAUCUUAGCCACGGCAGUUGUCAACAAGGACGUCUUUCCCUGCAAGGAUUGUGGCAUCUGGUACCGGAGUGAACGGAAUCUGCAGGCUCAUCUGAUGUACUACUGUGCCAGCCGCCAGAACUCCACCUCGCCCACCCUGGAUGAAAAGCCCAAGGAUGCCUACCCCAACGAGCGCAUCUGCCCCUUUCCCCAGUGCCAGAAGAGCUGUCCCAGUGCCAGCUCCCUGGAGAUCCACAUGCGCAGCCAUAGCGGAGAAAGACCAUUUGUCUGCCUCAUCUGUCUGUCUGCCUUUACCACAAAAGCAAAUUGUGAGCGACACCUCAAAGUACACACAGAUACCUUGAAUGGUGUCUGCCACAGCUGUGGCUUCAUCUCCACCACUCGGGACAUCCUCUACAGCCACCUGGUCACCAAUCACAUGAUCUGCCAGCCUGGCUCCAAAGGAGAGGUCUAUUCCCCAGGCCCCACCAUCCCUGCUUCCACCACUAAGCCAAUGGCCCCGGGCUUGAGCUCUCCAGGUUCAUCCUCUGCGCUCAAGUGCAGCUUCUGUGGCUACGUGGCCAAUUGCUUGACCAGCCUCCAGCAGCACGUGACCUUGCAUAGCCCCGCAGCGACAGCUCUGCCCAACUCAGAGCUCAAAGCUGUUCAGCAGAGCCCCCCAGAGACCCCCGCCAAAUCCCCUGUACAAGACGCGAGGGGGUCCCCUGCAGAGGAUGCGGGAAGUGGCUCUCCCCCCCAAGAAAAGAGCCCGGCUGCCAGCUGGCUUGACGGGGCCCCACCCGUGCAAAUCAAGGAAGAGCCUUUAGAUGAGGGGGAAGACCCUCAAGGAGCCCCCCAAGAAGAGGUAGCUCCUGAACCCGAGGCCGAGAUGGAUGCGUCCUCCAGGGUGCCCUCGCCCCACAGCCUGCACUCUGUGAAGGUGAAGUCGGAGAUCACCAGCCCCACACCGGGAUCCAGCCCCGUGCCCAGUGAGCUUGGCGCCAGCACCUCCGGAGGCACCGUCUUUCUGCCCCAGUACCUGUUUGGCCAUGAAGCCUCCGUGCUGCCCCAGGCGUCCGAAAUCUUGGCCAAGAUGUCCGAGCUGGUUCACAGCCGCCUAAAGCAAGGCCAUGGUGCGGUGCCACCCACCCUCUUUCCAGGCACCCCCAUGCCCAAGGGCGCAACCUGCUUUGAGUGCGAGAUCACGUUCAACAACAUCAACAACUAUUACGUCCACAAGCGUCUUUAUUGCUCCAGCCGCCGCCUGGGUGAGGAGAGCCCGUCUGUCCUGCGCAAAGCCAAGACGGCUCCCGCCACUGCGCCCAAAGGCCCAACCACUACCGGGCCACGUCUGUCGCCCGGAGAGAGCAGCGCAGCCCAGGAGGGGGAACUGGAGGGAAAUGCCACCCCUCCCGCCCUAGAGAUCAAGCAAGAGGUCAAAGUGGAGGAAGGCGCAGCCAAAGCCAGCCCCUCCCCUGAGACGGAUGGAACCGGGCGCAUCAGCGAGGGGAGCCCAAGCCCAGGCGCCAGCUCUGUGGAGGAACCGGAGGAUGACCCCAACCGGACCGUCUGUGAAGCCUGCAACAUCCGUUUCAGCCGCCAUGAGACCUACAUGGUGCACAAGCGCUACUACUGCGCCUCCCGCCACGACCCUCCCCUGCGCCGGAGCAGUGCGGCCGGCAAGCUGCCCUUCCUCCCCCAGCCGAUCCGCACUCGCAAACGCCGCAAGCUCUACGAGAUCCACAACGCCAGCAGCCAACGGGGGGCUGCCCCAGAGGUCCCGCGCCCUGAGGCGCCUCCUGUGGUCCCUGCUCUCAUUUCGGUGGUCAAGGCCACCCCAUCCCCCAGCUCGAGCCCAGAUGCCGAGGGCCCCAUCGACCUCAGCAAGAAGCCCCGCCUGAGCAGUGGGAGCCGGGUGCUCCCAGCCUCCCUCCUUCCCCUGGCGGACUACCACGAGUGCACGGCCUGCCGGAUCAGCUUCCACACUCUCGACAGCUACCUGGCCCAUAAGAAGUACUACUGCCCGGCCACGCCCUUGCAGACCAGCACCAUAGAGCAGCUGCAGAAGAUCAAGGGGGCCGCCCCAGCACCUCGGAAGGCCCAAGACAGCCCAGAGCGUCAGGCUGAGGAACCUGAAGGGGUUCCAAUUAAGGUGGAGAGGGUGGUGCCUUCCUUGAGCCCCGUGGCUGCACCAGCCAGCUUCCCUGCCGUUGAGCCACUCCAGCAGCAGCAGCGCUACCUGGAGGGCAAAGCUCAGCACCUCGCAGGUGCCAAGGUGCCUCUGGCCGUGUGCCCUUACUGCCCCAUCAAUGGCACUGUGAAGGGAGACUUGGUAGAGCACUUUCGAAAUACUCACGGACUGUUUGUGACCAAAACAGCAGCAGGGUCCACGUUGAUAGAGGCCACCCGGACACUGGCCGAUGGCAGCCCGCUUCCCUCCCUGCCAGCCACCUCCCCGCCACAGCCGGCCCCCAGACUGCCCAAGGACAGCUUCAAUGGCAAAGAGGCGCCCGUCCCUCCCCUGUCCAAUGGGAGCCCUCAACCCACAGCUUCUCCCCAGCCCCUCCUGCCCCUCUCUCCCUCCGUCCCCUUGCCCCUCUCCCCCCUGCCCGAGGCCCUCCCCAGUGCACCCCCUUCUGGGUAUACGGACAAAGGUGCGCAGACCCCUUCUGGCAAAGGGCCGCCCACCCCCGUGGCCAACGGCAGCCACCGCUAUUGCCGCCUUUGCAACAUCAAGUUCAGCAGCCUGUCCACCUUCAUUGCCCACAAGAAGUACUACUGCUCAUCACACGCAGCCGAGCACAUCAAGUAACACACCAGCCCUGCCUGUCCUUGUGCCUGAGCAGCAUUGGCCUUCUUGGGAAUGCAGGCCUCUUGCCAGUCAUGGCAGCCGAGGGGACUGCUGCCACCCAACAUGCUCUCUGCCCUUCGGUCUGGAACCAGGGAAGGUUUGGGUUUGCAUGAAGAGCAGCCGUGAAGGAGGCUCUUCCGUAGCAGAGCCUAAGAAGGGGGAAGAGGAAGAUUGAGGGUGCUGCAGGGACCCUGCUUCCACUGAAGCCCAGAGGCCCAAUAUGUGUCUCCGGGGACUACUUUCUUCAGCCCGGCACACUAGGUGCCCCCUCUCCCUGUUCUCAAGGCCGCGUUGUUUAGGGUUGGCUGAAGUAGGAUCUGAACAGCAGUUGUGAGCUACAGGUAAGGAGCUGCAAGACCGGAAUGCCACUUGGAGGACCCAUUCCUCCAAAGCUCAACACAGCUCAUUUGCAGGAAGAGUCAGAGGCCCUCGUUGCUCCAUCUUCUUUUUUCAGUUUCGUAGUCACUUCUUCCCACCCACCCCCUUAUCCCCAUGGUGGUGAUUUUGCUGUCAAGCAACUGCUACUGCAGGGACCCAAGAAACAUUUUGGGUAGCCCUUUCAGGUUGCAGAAUCUGGGUCUUGGAUCAAGCACGUGCAUGUUUCCCCUUGCUGUGGGCCAAGACUUCAUUGGGGCAGCAGAUCUUUCCCGGCCAGGCACCCCCAUCCUUCCUCCCCCCCCCAAUGUCCAGGAAGCCAGGGCCCAAGAUCAGAGGGCAAAGCCAAGGGCCCAAAAUGGCUUAGAGACAAAGUUCUGAGCACAAGGGGGCCCUCGGAGAAUUGGGGGUUCUGAUGUUAAAGAUGAGGGACAGCCAUCAAGAUUUCAUUUAUAGAAUCACUGGGCAUUUUGUACGAGUGUCCAAAAUACAUUUAAUUUUAAUUCUUUUCUGAAACACAUACUAAAAACAAAACUGAAAUCAUCUAAUGGUGCAGAAUUCCUUUUUUUUUUUUUUUUGGAGAGAAAGUGGCUGCCUGCAUCCAGCUAUUUUUUUCUGUCUCCCCCUUCCAUUCCUUUUUGGCUCCUGGCAUCCCCUCCUCAGUUGGCCCUGGGCCCCGUGUCACUUGUCCAGGCCCUUCUGGCAUAAAAUGGAGGAGGGGGAGAGCAAGUGAGCUGCAAACCCCUGUCUUUCUGGGAAGGACCUCUCCCAUUGGCCCCCAGAACAAAAGGAGAAGAGCAGAUCUUUCAUAGUUGGGAGCGGGGUGCAGAUUUACGCUCUGUGCAUUCUCUGAGACCUUGGCAGGUCUGGCCAUUUGAGAAAAAGAUAUGGAGAUAAAUCCUGGUGAAGAGCAAAUCCUGCUGUAGUGGUUGGCUGCCCUAUUUUCCUAAAACAAGACCCCCUCCCACUUUUCAGGGAGGUGAAAGGUCAUGCAUUCCUCUUCCCCCCCCCACCCCGUGGAAGCUUGGAAGGGGCAGAGGCUUUUCGGGGCUCCCCUUUGCAGAGGAAGUGGGAUCGGACAGAUCCUAGCAGGGCACGAUACCCCAGCUUGCCUUCCACAUCUCUAGAUAGACUACGUGGGGCAUUCUAAGGUGUGGGGCAGCUGCUGUAGCCCCCUAGCCCUGCAGAAACCCCUUUGGGGUCCGUGCCCAGUCCCUUUCCCCAGCAUUUGACACUGGCACUUGCUGCUGCUCCGAGAGUGCCAUCCUGAAAGUUCUUGGCAUUCUGCCAGCGAGUGGCCGGCAGCUUUCCCUCUGGAGGGCUGGGAACCCUCCCUGCUGAGGGGGCAGGGGGCAGCAGGCAAACUUGCCUGAUCUAGGGGUCCCUGGGCAGAAUUGGGUGAACUGGAAGAAGCUGCCUUCCUUCCUUCCUUCCUUCCUUCCCUUUCCCCGUUGUUGUCCGGUGGGUUGUGUAGAAUUGAUGUGGACUGUAAAUGAAAUGCAGACAAGACAGCACUGAAGGGCAGAGGGGGAAACUCUCUGCUUGGGAACGAUGUGUAUAAGCCUGUACAUAAAUAAAUGUUCAUUAAAUCUGA